AUGGGAUGGUGCCCAUGCAUGCAGCUUCCCAAAACGACAUCGUUUCCACCAUGCAAGAAAACUAGAAACCCUUCUUUUUGCUUUAACGUCUUCAAAUCUGCUGGCACCACAGGCCUAAAAGGGCUGGCCACCUUCACCCUCAACCUCGCCCACGACAAGGCUUCUCAAAGUCGUGACCUCGCCCAGUCCCUGGCGUCCAAGGCAGCCGAUCCCAAGCUUAAGGAGCGCUAUGCCACUUGUGCUGAACUCUAUGACGAUGUCGUCGGCGACAUCGAGGAUGGGAAGAAAUACUUGUGGGAAGGUGACUACAAUGGCGUCAACAUUAAGGCGUCUGCAGUCAUGACGGAGGCUGGCGACUGUCUAGAUAACUUCACGCAGCUGCCGAAGGACCCAUGGGCGCUGUCUGGCAACGGAAAGACUGUGGAAGAUAUUUGUAGUAUCAUCUUGGUUAUAGGCAAUCUUCUUCUUGAGCGUGCCUAA